AUGAGGAGCAUCACUAACCAGGUCUCCUCGAUGGUCAAGCUACCCGGCAUGGCCACAAGGCCAAAGGAAUUGGACAUCUCCGUCGACAACCACUACACCUCCAGAGUGUACACCUGCGGCUCCGCAAUCUCCGGAUCUGUCGUCAUCAACCCCCGCAGAAACACCAAGUUCAACUUUGUCCAAAUUCACCUCAUCAGCAAGACGACUGUUACCACUGACGACGCCUACAUAUCGAAAAGCACAUCGCAACUCCUCCUAAAGGUCUCCAUGCCAGUGCCCGAAUCGGUGUAUCCGGAACCGAGGGUUUUCAAGAUUGGAACCACUUACAAAAUCCCUUUUCGCUUCGUCAUUCCGUCACAAUUGACGGACGGCGCGUGCGUCCACAACGUCGACUCUGACGAGAUGCGCGAUAGACACUUGCGGCUGCCCUCGACUUUGACGGGCUGGGAAAAGGACGACAUGGCUCCGACGCUCCUCGGAGUUAAAUACUUCGUCAGAGCGAGGGUCAUGUAUCUGCCGCAAGGGAAAGCGGAAGACGACGCGGUAGCCCUGUUGGAGGCCGAACACAGGCUUAGAGUUCUCGCGCAGUCGCCGGAGGAUCCGCCGCUAAACGUUGAUAAAUACGACAAGCAUUAUAGACUAAGCCAGAUCAAGUUGAUGCGCAAGAGCAUGUUUUCUACGCCGCUGGGGCGGAUCAUCGCCAACUCCACACAACCGCCCGCUAUUCAUUUAAGUCCCGAUGGCCACGGGGCAGGUGGAUCUUCCGUCCAGAUUGACCUCGCGUUUGAGCCUCAUGUGGGAAACAUCGUUCCACCAGAGGUGACGUUGAAUUCGUUGAAGAUUGUUGCGCAUACAUGGUACUGCUCCCAGCCGAUUCAGAACCUACCGAACAUGGGCCCGGGUAGGAUUCCUUUUAGCCUCUCUGCAAAAGUCGUCUGUGAUAGUUUGGAAUAUGAAUCGUGGAAAAAGCCAAGAACUACGAGCUCAGGAGUAUUGGAGAACGAGGAUAAGGAGGGGGUCAAGAUUCGCCCAUAUACCAGUUCAGUGCGCGUGGAUUUUAGGCUGCCGACGUCGGACCACGUCUUCCCACCUACCUUCCACUCUUGUCUCGUCUCGCGGACAUAUGCGUUGCAGGCAAACCUGACUGCUGGCGGUUGCGAUUUCAGUUUGGUGCUUCCGAUUCAGAUUGCAAUGGAUGCGGGUGAUCAGACACAAGGAUGGGCAAUACAAAAUGUGGAAUUGCCGGGCUGGACAGACUGA